AAUCUGCAGUUUCUAAUCCACACUCCAUUUUCAAACAGUCACUCUUUCAAAGGUUUUGCUUCAACAAUGUCCUCCCACCUCAGCAUUUUCAGGUGUUGCAAAUCUUUCUCAUCAGGAAAAGAUCUCUUGCAACAAGUAGAUUCAAACACUGUUGGUUUGAAGUUUGGGGCAACUAAACAACGAAUACAGAAGAUGUUCAGCAAGGUUGAACUUUCUGUUUCCUCAUAUGACACUGCUUGGGUGGCAAUGGUCCCUUCUCCAGAUUCUGCAAAGGAGCCCUUUUUCCCUGAAUGCGUAAAUUGGUUGAUGGAUAAUCAACUCCAAGAUGGCUCAUGGGGUUCUCCUAAUUUGCAUCCAUUGCCAAUAAAAGAUGCUCUCUCAUCCACCUUUGCAUGUAUACUUGCGCUAAAGCAAUGGAGUGUUGGUGAAGAACAAAUUAACAAGGGGCUGCAUUUUAUUGAGUCAAACUUAGCUUCAGCUACUGAUGAAGAGCAGCCAUCGCCUGUUGGGUUUGAUAUAAUAUUUCCUGCUAUGAUUGAAUCUGCAAUGAGUUUGAAUAUGAAUCUUCCCCAGGGUGGAUCAAAAUUAAAGGCUUUAUUUGACAGGAGAGACUUUGAGCUUAAAAGAGGCUAUGGAAGCAACUCGGAGGGGUGGAAAGCCUAUAUAGCAUAUAUUUCCGAAGGAUUUGGAAAGUCACAGGAUUGGAAGAUGGUCAUGAAGCACCAAAGGAAGAAUGGGUCUUUAUUUAAUUCACCAUCAGCUACUGCUUCUGCAUUUACUCACAGUAAGAAUGCUGGUUGUCUUGAUUACCUGCGUGCACUCAUCGAGAAGUUUGGUAAUGCAGUUCCAACAGUUCAUCCUCUAGGUCAUUAUGCUCGCCUUUCUAUGGUUUCAACUCUUGAUGGUUUGGGUAUUGAUCGACACUUCAGGGAGGAAAUGAGGAGUGUACUAGAUGAAACAUACAGAUGCUGGCUGCAGGGGGAUGAAGAUAUAUUUUCAGAUGCUGCCACCUGUGCUAUGGCAUUUCGACUCUUACGACUUCAUGGAUAUGAAGUUUCUGCAGAUCCAUUGAGUCAAUUUUCAGAAGAAUGUUUCUUCAAUUCCCUUGGAGGACAUCUGAAGGACACCAAUUCAGCUUUAGAAAUUUUUAGGGCUUCAGAAGUCAUCAUUCAUCCAGAUGAAUCAGUUCUAGAUAAACAAAACCACUGGACAAGUAAUUUCCUAAAACAGGUGUUUUCCAAUAAUUUAACUCAGCCUCAGAGAACCAAGAAGCAUAUUGGCCUCGAGGUAAGUGAUGCUCUUAAGUUUCCUUCCUAUGCAACUUUGGGUUGGUUGUCAAGCAGGAGAGCAAUAAUAUCUUACAACACCAACAGUACAAGGAUUUUAAAGUCUUCUUAUCGUUGUUUGAAUAUUGGGAAUGUCGACUUCCUAAAACUGGCAGUGGAAGACUUCAAUAUGUGUCAAAAGAUACAUCGUGAAGAACUCGAAUAUCUUUCAAGGUGGGUUGUCAACAGCAGAUUAGACAAGCUAAAAUUUGCUAGGCAGAAGCUGGACUACUGUUAUUUCACUGCUGCUGGAACCCUUUUCCCUCCUGAACUAUCAGACGUUCGCAUAUCAUGGGCCAAAAAUAAUGUAGUUACAACUGUAGUCGAUGAUUUCUUUGACAUUGGAGGCUCUGAAGAGGAACUGGUUAACCUUGUAGAAUUGGUUAAGAAGUGGGAUGUAAAUCCCAGCACUGAUUCUUGCUCCGACAACGUUGAAAUCAUUUUUUCAGCAAUCAAGAGCUUAGUUAGUGAGACUGGCAUCAAUGCAUUCGCAAGGCAAAACCGCAGUGUGACAAAUCACAUCAUUGAGAUAUGGUUGGAUUUGCUCAAGUCUAUGUUGAACGAAGCCAAGUGGUUGAUGAACAAGUCGGCACCAACACUGGAGGAAUACUUGGAAAAUGCGUAUGUCUCAUUUGCCAUGGGACCUAAUGUCCUUUCAAAUCUGUAUCUGGUAGGGCCUAAGCUCUCAGAGGAUGCCGUACAGAGUUCAGAAUACCAUAGUCUGUAUAGACUACUGAGCACUGUUGGGCGUCUUCUCAAUGAUAUGCAAAGCUACAAGAGGGAAGCUGCGGAAGGGAAGCUAAAUGCUGUAACAUUGGCCAUCAUUCAUGGGAAUGGUAGUGUCAGCGAAGAAGACGCCAUAAAUGAGAUGAAGAGUAUCAUCACCAGUAAGAGGAGAGAACUAAGAAGACUAGUUUUGCAGGACAAGGAUAGUGUCGUUCCAAGUGCUUGCAAGGAAUUGUUUUGGAACAUGAGCAGAAUUUUGCAUCUAUUUUAUGAAAGGCACGACGGAUACACCGCCAACGACAUGAUGAAAACUGUAAAUGAGCUAACUCAUGAACCCAUCAUUCUCGAAGACUUGCAAAGUAGAAUGUAAAUGGGUUUGUGCUCUAGCUACUCAUGGAACUUUGAUAUCCGAACUUCAUUU